GGUGGCCGGGUUGGGGCGGAGACAAGAUGGCGGCGGGGUGUCUGUGGCGGCGGCUGUGGCAGGGAUCAGCUUUUCCUGUCAGUUAUGCAAGCAGAAUUAUGCACAAGCAGUGUUUUCUUCCAAACUCCAGCUUGGGAGCACGGCUGGCUGGAUCCCAUGUUGAUACACAGGAGCCUAAGACUAAUCCUUUGGUCUCUAUUUCAGAUGAGCCAGAAAUACUGUACAAGAGAUUAUCCCUUCUAGUGAAAGGCCACGAUAAAGCUGUGUUGGACAGCUAUGAAUAUUUUGCAGUGCUUGCAGCUAAAGAACUUGGCAUCUCUAUUGAAAAAGUAUAUAACCCUCCAAAGACGAUAGAACGAUUGACGCUCUUAAAAUCUGUACAUAUCUACAAGAAGCACAGAGUUCAGUAUGAAAUGAGAACACAUUACCUGUGUUUGGAGUUAAAAUACAUAACGGGCAGUACUGCUGCAGUUUACUUGGAGUAUGUGCAACGAAACUUACCCGAAGGGGUGGCCAUGGAAGUAAAAAGGACUAAGAUAGAGAAAGUACCUGACCACGUUAAGGAACCAGUUUGGUAUACAGCACCUCAAGUAGAAGAAACUCAAGUCAAGUCAUGAAUUUACCAGGUACUUGGCUCCAUUGCUGCUGAAAUUAGUCACUUCUAUCAACUUAAUUUACUGAGGUGGUCUACUGUUAAAUAAAAAUUCUUUUAUAAA